UCUCGCGAGCUUCGAGGCGACGUAACGCGUUGUUCGCCGGCUAACUCGAUCCUCGCCAGGGUUGUCCGCGCCUGGUCGCGAGUGUUGCAGUGUCUACGAUCGGUCGGUCGGUCGUUCGCCGUUCGUCCGGCGCCUCUUAUUCCCCCGAGAUACUACACGCAGGUUAAAAACCCAGAGUACACGGAGAGUACUCUCUCUCCUCUCCCUCUCUCUCUCUCGCUCUCCGGGAUAGCAGCCAGCUGACUGUGCACGGCCGUCUCGUGGAGUAACUCGCGGCGACAGCUCGACGCCCCGGACUCUCGCGUAUCCUCGCAGCGAGAAUGACGUUUGACUGGUCCGCCGUUGGUGGGAUCGCCGAUCCAGCCGCAAGCUGCUGGAUCGAACGGAAGCGGCAAGAAUCGCCGGCUGGACAGUGAGCCGACGUUGCUGGCCGAGCAGCAACGUGUGACACACGCGUCCGCCGACUCGAUGAUUGUGUUGUCAACAGUGCCCGUUGCCGUCAGUGAUCGCGUGUUCUUGCGACAGCCUGUUGUGUCCCGCCUAGACAAAGUGCCCGAGGACCCACGGAUCAUCCAGACGGCGAUUCGCGGUCGUAAUCCUGGAACCGGUCUCGCGAGUACAUCCGCCGACUCGUUCCGUAGACCCUGCCGAUCGCGUGGCUCGUGUCCGUGUCGCUGGUUAGUCGUGUGAUUGUGCGGUGGAGUACAGUGUGUAAAACGGAGGAGGAGGAGGAGGAGGACACCUCGUCGGUCCUACGGUCACGAACUUGGAUGUUUAACGGACGGAACAGCUUGACGUCGGAUCCCCGGAACGCCCCGGUGUGUCGUCCGCCCCCCUCGAGAUCUCAAUUCGGAUUAAGAGAAGCAGCGCGUGCUGGCCAAAAGGGGUGAAGUGGCUGGCCAUGUAAAUGAAAUCGCGGUUGAACGUGCGGUUGUAUUCGCGCAGCGAGACUCUUGUCGGUACAUUUGCACACGUGUGCACCAGUAUGGGGCUGCGAUCGAGAAAUUAAUCGCGGGAGGAUCCGUCGAGAAUAAUCCGAGCUCGCGUCUAAAUUAGCUGCGAAAGAUGCGUCUGGAUUCGUGAACGUCUGACACUGGUCCCGAUAAUUCGUCGCAGCGCGAGCCUACACAAAGUCAAUGAUCGAAUUUCAUGGGGAGACCGCAAGCUUGCGUCGGGGUGUCGCGCGUUCGGCGCUUGAGUAGGCCUAAAUGAAGAGCGAUCGUCGCGGGGACAGCUGAUUGAUACCGAUUUCGUGGAACGGCGCGUGUCUCCGUGGAAUCGCGAGUGAGAUAGUGUGUGUGUGGUGUGCGCGCGCGCGCGCGUUCUACAGCUCGCAGGCUAAUCGCGGCGGGAACGCGCGGGGGGAGGGCCGGCCGAGCAAGAUGGAACUCUUCCUGAUUCUCGUCUGUCUGAUUGCACCGCCCACCCUCUCGCUCUCGAUCAAGAGCAAGCUCAAUCCACGGAUCGUUCAGACCCGGUACGGCGAGGUGCAGGGGCUCGUACGGUCCUUCGAGAGCGCCAAGUUCCUCAAGCCAAUCGACGUCUAUCUCGGGAUACCGUACGCCACUCCGCCGGUCGGCAGCAACAGAUUUUCGCCGACCGGGGCACCCAGUCCGUGGGAAGGAGUCAGAUUAUCGGACUCGGUCGGUCCAGUUUGCCCCCAAAAGCUGCCCGACAUCUCGAAUGAGCAAGAAGCACUGGAGCGUAUGCCGAAAGGCCGGCUCGAGUACUUGAAGAGACUGCUGCCGCAUCUACGGAACCAGAGCGAGGAUUGCCUCUACUUGAACAUCUACGCGCCCGCCAUGGGGAUGGCAGACAGUGGUAGAAGGCAUCCGGUCGUGCUGUAUAUUCACGGGGAGAGCUACGACUGGGGCAGCGGAAACCCUUACGACGGCAGCGUCCUGGCCAGUUACACCGACCAAGUGAUCGUCACGAUGAACUACCGGCUGGGCGUGCUCGGCUUUCUGAACGCCAACGUGGCGCCCCAGAACAAGGCGAGGAUCGCGAAUUACGGGCUCAUGGAUCAGAUCGCGGCGCUUCACUGGGUCAACGAGCACAUCGCCCUGUUUGGCGGCGAUCCCAACAACGUGACGCUGAUGGGUCAAGGGACCGGUGCCGCUUGCGUUCAUUUUCUCGCCAUCAGCCCAACUGUCACACGCGGUCUAUUCAAAAGAGCAAUUUUACUCUCGGGCAGCGCGCUCGCGUCUUGGGCUGUCGUCGAGGAUCCCGUCUCCUACGCUUUGAAGCUCGCCAAGGCUGUCAAUUGUACGGUUCCCGAGAAUCUGCUCAAGGACAACAAACUGAUCGUCAAUUGUCUUCGAGGACGCAGUCUGGAGGAACUGAUGCAGGUCGACAUUCAGCCACCGACCUUUCUCAGCGCUUUCGGGCCAAGCGUUGACGGUGUGGUCAUCAAACCCGACUUCCAAAAGGACCUGUUGUCCUACAUGGGUCCGGAAUUCCAAGGAUUUGGCCCACUUCCGAAGAAAGCAGAACACGGCGAGCCCAUCACGAGUAACAACAAAUACGAUUUGUUAUUCGGCGUGACGACGAGCGAAGCUUUAUGGAAAUUUGCUGAGAAAGACGUCCAGCUGGGCUUCGAAGGCGAGAGGAGGGACCGAAUCAUUCGAACUUACGUGAGGAACACCUACGUGUACCAUCUUACGGAGAUAUUUUACACAGUGGUGAAUGAGUACACAGACUGGGAGCGCACCGUUCAGCACCCCAUAAACACAAAAGAUGCUUGCGUCCAGGCGCUCAGCGACGCUCAGUUCGUGGCACCGUUGGUGCAAACCGGCGAUCUCUUCACCCUUCGGCACACGAAGAAACCUAACAACCCUCACGUCGCGCCUAUAAUCGAGACGGACAAAGAGCCGAUGCCUAAAACGUAUUUUUACGUCUUCGACUACCAGAUGAAGGACGGCGACUACACACAGAAGAUGGGCUCGGUUCAUGGCGAGGAAUUGCCCUUCGUUUUCGGUGCGCCGCUGGUGGAAGGUUUCGGCCACUUCCCAAGGAACUAUACCAAGUCUGAAGUGGCACUCUCGGAGAGCAUCGUGCAGUACUUCGCGAACUUCGUCAGAACUGGGAAUCCGAACGUGAUCGAUCACCACAACCGAAACGACACACUUUUGCCUGCCAGCCGAGAGAAGAACCGCUUCCGCAGCGUGACAUGGGAUCAAUACGACCCGGUGCAUCAAAAGUACCUGGAAAUCAGUAACCGACCGAAAAUGAAGAAUCAUUAUCGAGCUCAUCAGCUCUCGGUGUGGUUGCGGCUGGUCCCGGAGCUUCAUCGCGCCGGAAUGGAGGACGUGGACUCCCGGCACAAUCUGUUCCGCGGACACUCGGAUCCCAGCCUGUACGACGGAUCGGUCAGGCCGGACCCGUUAAGCAGGAUCAGCGAAGAAUUCAAACGUAAGAACGUGACCACGGAGCCGCCGGCUACCACCGACUAUAGCGCCGCAACCUGCGCCAGCUACAUACAGAGCACGAAUCUUCAAAACGUGCACAACGCCAGCACCGACACCCUGGCCAGUUUGGACGCAGCUGGGUACGCAGCGUACUCGACGGCUUUGAGCGUGACGAUCGCCAUCGGAUGCAGCUUGCUGAUCCUCAACGUCCUCAUUUUCGCGGGGGUUUAUUAUCAACGGGACAAGACGCGGCUCGAGGUGAAGAGCCUCCAGCAGCAACAGAUGUUGAAUCAACAGUGCGGGCCACGGGGCUUCACCGAGCUGAAACAACCGCCCCCGCCGCAUUCCCAUUUCCCCGGGGGUGGUCAAGUUAUCGUCGACGUUGAGAACGAGAUGCUAAGAAGGAACGUUAUGAAAGGCCCUCCGAACGAUCCCAACACGCUUCUCCAACAGGGCCAGGGAACUCACACGUUGCCUCAUCAACAUCACUAUCAAAAGCAACAUCAGCAACAGCAUGCCACUCUUCCCCGAGCUUCCGUCAUACAGGACAUGAGCGCACAAACCCAAGGUCCACCAAACGGGUCCAUACACCUGACAGUACCAAGAGCUCCACCACCCCCUCGAGCAAAGAGUCCCCCCGAAAACCAGCCCCUGCUGCAAAGCGCCACCGUGUCGAGUCGCGUGUCCCAGGCAACAAUGAGCGAGAUGCGCGUGUGAUGCUUGGACCCCCCUCCGAAGCCAGUCGUCCCGGACGUUCUGACGGCAUCGACCUUGCUGUAAGUGGUCUCGGCCGUGUGCCGCUCGGGCUCCGUCGCGGGGAUUCUCGACCGGUCCGAGGGGGGUAGUGGCAGCAGACACACACCUUCGGAGAUCGAAAUUCCCUGGGACCUCGAGGCGACGGCAAACAGGACUGACGGCUGGCGCGGAUUCGUCGCGUCGCCAUUCAGCCACCAUAUCGAGGGUGGCGACGAGCCAGCGACUGACGGAGGGGGGGUAGAGGGUGCCUCGGCCGGGUGCCGAGGAACACGAGGUGCGGACGACAGGAAACAAGGCGGCUGCAGAUGGAACAAGUGGUAUCCGUCGAUGAGGCGUCGUCGUGGGAUGAAAGAUAUCAGACCACGGACGAGGAGGGGAGGGGGGUAGAGGGCCGAAAGAGGAACAGACUUUUCGGAGCGACCGGUCUCCGGUUUAGUUCUCGCUCGGGAAGACGUCGAUCUCUGCGCGUUCGCGGGAGGAUCCGGACGAGGACGGCGUACAACAUUUCGCGAGAGAUCCUACGGCUCUUGCGAUGGUAGUCCCGAGAGGAAAUGUCGCGGGGACGCGUCGACGGACCUACGAGUGCGGUCGAUCGGACCGGGACGUCGUCGACGGCGGCGAGGAGACCCCGUUUACCGGCGCGAACUUCUUUCUUGCGAUCAAUCGAACUUCAAUCAAAUGCAACAAAACAUUCUUACGAUACAGAAAUCAAACGCAGUACAUUCAGCUAGCUAGUCGAUAAUAAUGAAUUUUAGGUGUUACGUGGGAGGGAGAGAAAGAGAGAGAGAGAGAGAGAGAGAGAAAGAAAAAUAUAGAGAGAACGAAAGAGAGAAAGAGAGAGAGAGAGAGAGGGAGAGAGAGAAAGAGACACGCUCAAGAAAACUGACGAAUCGGUCUUGCAGACCCGUGUAUAAAACGCUAUCCACUACGAUGUUAGAUGUUCCUUGUACAUAAAGUGAAAUUUAUACCGUAAGAAACGCCAAAAAAAAAAACAGAACCGUUUGCUACUUUCUAAGAGGACCUGUACUCGUGUCGCGUACCGUUUAGUCGUCCGUUCUUCCCCUUUCUUUCCUCCGGUUGACUGUGGAAACGUUGCGCGGUGUGGCACGAGAGGAUCGACGCGUCGUGGAUCGAUCACGGAUCCCGAGGGUUGCCCGUCGACGAUUCGAUCGGUUGCGCGAGACAUCGCUUUCCCGAAUCGAUUCGAAAAAAGAAAGAAGAACACACAGAUGCUCGUUGAAAUCAACGUUGGUAGCGUUCCGUUAAAUCGUAGGCCAGAAGGAAGGGACUAUUCUGAUCGUUUUAACCGCGCAGACAAUAGGCCGUCCAUGAACAAAUGUUUCUCGAUCCACGGAUUUGUCGUCAGGCUGGACGAACCACGAAUGAAUCUAUAAAUAAUAAAUAGACCGUUGCUGUAUCCGCGAAUACGAUUAGAUCGACUAGAUUUUGUCUGCGAGAUGGGGGAACUCGAAAGAAGCGGCGCGUGCUCUAUUGGGAAAAUUGAACGGGAACAUUGUUAGAGUUGAUCGAAAGUUUCUCGUGCGGUUGUACACGUUCGUACUAAUUAGAAACGCGUAAAUAUUCGUUGUUCAAUGACACUGUUCAUUGAGAGACACUGAUCGUUAUACCAGGUCGAGUAUUUUUCUAAACUCUCUUCAACUUUUCAAACUCUUGUUAUUCAAUCCUUUCGAGUCUGAUUUACUUUUUUUUAAUUUGCGUUAUAUCUGAAGUCAAUUUUUACGUGCAUGUAGGUGCUAAUAACAAGAUAUAUUGAUUUUAUUAGUGUUGGUCCGACUUCACUACCAAACUGAGAGGUUAUGUGCUCACAUGUAAACAAAUAUGUUCAUAAUAUGCAUUCUAAGACUGGUAUAUUCGUGGUACGAUUGUACACGUUCAUUCUAAUUAGAAACGCGUAAAUAUUCGUUGUUCAAUGACACUGUUCAUUGAGAGACACUGAUCGUUAUACCAGGUCGAAUAUUUUCCUAAACUCUCUUCAACUCUUCAAACUCUUGUUAUUCAACCCUUUGGAGUCCGAUUUAUUUUUCGUUAAAUUUGCGUUAUAUUUGCUAAUAACAAGAAAUGUUGAUUUUAUUAGUCUGACUUCACUACCAAACCGAGAGGUUAUGUGGUCACAUAUAAACAAAUAUGUUCGUAAUAUGCAUUCUAAGACUGGUAUAUUCGUGGUACGAUUGCACACGUUCGUUCUAACUAGAAACGCGUAAAUAUUCGUUGUUCAAUGACACUGUUCAUUGAGAGACACUGAUCGUUAUACCAGGUCGAAUAAUUUCCUAAACUCUCUUCAACUCUUCAAACUCUUGUUAUUCAACCCUUUCGAGUCUGAUUUAUUUUUCGUUAAAUUUGCGUUAUGUCUGAAGUCAAGUUUUACGUGCAUGUAGAUGCUAAUAACAAGAAACGUUGAUUUUAUUAGUGUUGGUCCGACUUCACUACCAAACUGAGAGGUUAUGUUAUGACGUACGAAAUACAUUCUGUGGGACACAUAUGUGCCGAUAGACUCCGAAGGGUUAAUACGAAGGAAAAUAGAAUACUUUGAGUACCUAAGUAACGAAAUCGGAUUAAGUAUAGAAAAUAGCAAAGGCAUUCAAAAGUACAAUCGGACACAGCCAAUUGAAUCCGUAAAUCCCCUUCUGUCAAUCAAAAGAUUCGAUCGUCGACGAGCAACGCAGUUUUAUUCUUAUCUUAUCCAGAGCUCGUGUUGCCACGAAAUUGUAUCGUUUUCAGCGGAAAACAUUUAAUCGUAUAUCGCUGCGUCUAAAGGAAUCAUCGAUUCUCCGAAUUGAUGGCGCCUCUGUUAUUCAACAAGGAUACAACAACGAUUUGAAUUCGACCAUUAUAAACCGAUUCGAUUAUAGAACAAUCAGCACGUUAUAAUUUGUAAAAACCAACGACCAAUUACAACUUAAAUUAUGUCUAAAUAAUCGUCGCUAGAACAUGAUCGACGAAUUAUGCUUAGUGUAACACACACAAAAAAUCGUACUGUCGCCAGAGAUCGUCAUCGCGAGCAUGACCUUCGUUAAGGCAGCGCGAUUCCGAUUGUUUGACAUUGUUUAAUAAUGCUUCGUUGAUAACCGGGGGGUGGGGGUAUAUGGACUUAACCCGAAACUGUUAAGUGUGCGUGUGAAAAUGAUUGUACACCGCGUAAUCGAAGGAUCGUGAGAAUCUAUGAACACUGCUCUUCGGCGAUGUGAAAGCGUCGAGGAGAGAGAGAGAGAGAGAGACAGGAGCCGUCGCGCCUAGUAUUGGAUUUCAAAUGUGUGCGUGACUUUUUGUAAAAAUAUACGUAUACAUAUAGGUGUAACAUAAAGACUACCGUAAAAAUCCGUUAUUAUGCGUAACACACUGCCAGAGAAGCUCGUAAAAAUUCACGAAGAAACGCAGCAGAGCAACGUGACUCCGAUCGAUCCGGACGAGUGACGCGAGUCCCACGGUUUUAUUCGAUCCUUUGGAGCAACUAAAUCGACGGAAAUGGUCCCUUGAGUUACUGUUCGAUAUAUAUAUAUAUAUAUAGGGGAUUUUUGUUGCAAUGUUACGUCGCGUGCGGCCGAUCAGCCGGAUUCUUAUUAACGAACCGAACUUAUUAUUACUUAAACGAGUGUGUUCACGUUUUACGUAGGAGACGUUUAGCAUACUUGAAAACAGAAUACGCUUCAAAGGAUUCUACGGUGAACGAUGUUUAGCGCUUUUACUGCUGUGGAACGGACUCGAAUCAAAAUCGUUUAAACGUAAUCAAAAAAGACGUCGUGUGAUCAAAGAGAUUCUAUUUAUAAUCAUUUUCGUUGGUCUUGCGAAAAAGACGGCGCGCGCGCGUAUACGAGUGUACGGCAUUGUAUGAAACUUUGAUUUGAGAAAGAAAACAGAAGCUAUAGAGAUAGAGAACGAGGCUCCGAGGCAAACUAAUCGCGAACCGAGAGAGAAACCACCAAGCUUGCGUCGACAGCAGUGAACGCGUUAAGGAAAAGUUCUCAUGGUGGAGCGUGACGGAAUCGUGAGAACCGAGCUUAAAGGGGGUAAAAGGGGGCACGGUGUUGGUGAAUAGAAACCACGGAAGAAAAGAAUCAGAGAAAUCACUGUUUUUUGUACAUACGUUAAGAGGCGAGAAACAGAAAAAUGAAUAACGACCUUGUUCUGUGUAUUCUCGUCGAGGCUGCAGCGAUCCAGAACCGGUCGGUCCGUUUCCUGUAGUGACACACAAAUAGGUCAUGAACAAAAGGGAUGAAAUCCUUUUCCUUCAUUUUUUUUUUUCGUUUAAGAAACUCCCGCGGCGCACGCUGAAUGUCGCGGUGAGAGGAUUACAUAAAUAAAUAUCAUCAAGUACGGACAAUCCGAAUACAAUUAAAGACUAAAAAAAAAAAGAGAAAUGCGAGUAAUAAUAGACGUAAUUAAGGGGAAUGAACAGUCGGUAAACAGGAUGAAGCUGAUAAGCGAAAACAACUGAACCGGUUGAGCGGAUGUUUAACAAAAAUUUAAAUAACGUAUAUUACAUAUACAUAUUAUGGAUUGUAAUGAAUUUAUUAUGACGAAUAUUAUUAUAUUUAUGUGACUUUUCGCUGCCUCGCGCUCCACUGGAAAGACACCUUACGCCCACCUUUCAGCCGAGUGCGAGACCGCCUGUUACGUUUAACGUUUCUGUUAUAAAAUUGUAAAUAUAUAACAAAAUACAUGGAGAUAUUAAUUGUA